AAAAAUAUGUCCAAGUUGAUAGGGUUAGAUUUUGAAGUAUUUGGACGAGUCCAAGGUGUAUUCUUUAGAAAGUACACACAAAAAAAAGCUAAAGAAUUGGAUUUGAAAGGAUGGUGUAUGAAUACAAAACAUGGAACAGUUAUUGGUCACAUAGAAGGACAAUCAUCUAAUGUUCAUGAGAUGAAACAAUGGCUUGAAACAACUGGAAGUCCUGAAUCAAGUAUUGAUAGAGCUGAAUUUAAAAACGAACAAGAAAUCGCAAUUUCAACUUUUUCCGAUUUUUCCGUUAAAAAAUAAUAAAAUACAAUCUUUUAAUGAGUAAAAGAUAAGAGGCAAAAAGUAUUAUUGUAUGAUUUAUUCAUUAUCAUAAAGUGAGUGAUGAACUAUAUAAAAUUCAAAUUAUUUAAUAAUAUAUCAGUUAUAGUGCUUUUUAAGUCAAGUACUUUUAAUCACAAGUAAUCAACAGAUAAGAUAAAUCAUAUGGGAAAUGAUUCAUUACAUUAAAAAAAAUAUAUAAUGUUUUGGGUAAUUUGAUUUCGAUAAAUCAUAGACAUCAAUAUCAGAACAUAUUUUUGUUCUUAAAUA